AUGUCGUCUCCACCUUCCAAUCUAGUCCUCAACCCAACCUUCACGGAGCAAGAAUGGCUGAAACAGAUCGACCAAGCCAUCCAACUCGGCCCGGAAACCAUAACCAAAAACCUCUCCUCCAUCUUCAGAGUCCCCGCCACCAUCUCCGUCGCCAAGCCCCAGUCCUACGCCCCAAAGCUCGUCGGCCUUGGACCGCUCCAUCACUUCCAGCGGCGGCUCUACCAGAACGAGCCCCUCAAGCUCGCUGGUGCCGAGCAGGCGCUCAAGCGCUUCAACGUCGCCACCGCCGCCGACUUCCCCAACCUCGUUCGACAAAUCGUCCCCCUGCUUCCGGCCAUCCGACUCUGCUACGACUCCCACCUCGACAUCGCCGACGACACUCUCGCCUGGGUCUUAGCAAUCGACGGCCUUUUCGUCGCCGAGAUGCUCUACAACCCGCAGUUCCUCCUGCCCCGGACGUCGAGUUCGUUCAGCUUCUCGGAGAAGCUACGCGACAUCACCGGCGACAUCGUUCUGCUCGAGAAUCAAGUCCCGAUCUACACUCUGUUUCCGGCGGAGAUUUCGGUGGAUCUGUGCAAGAUGCUAGAAUCGUUCUGCAGGGUGCUCUCACCUUUCAAGCUGCAGGAUUCUGAUUCUGAUGUCGAAUUGAAGCCGGCGCCGAAGCAUCUGCUGGAUCAUGUGUACCAAUUGAUAACGCGGGAGAAAAACAGAGCAGCCUUGCUGAGACGAGAAGAGAGCGAUGUUUCCUCGCCGGCGGAUGAGGAUUCGGUUAUUGCCAUCGGCGGAUUGGGGACUCUGGCCGAUGAUCUCGCCGAAAAAGUAGGUGACGCCAGCGAAGACAUCGGCCCUGUUCAGAACGUCACCGCCGGGAUUGAGAGGCUCGCCCAAAUACAGAUAAGAAGCCCGAUCAGCAGCAUUUUCAGGAUACUCGACAUACUGGGGAUCUCCAGUUUCGUGAACGAAGCACUGGAAGACGAAAUCACGCUUCUCCCAUCAGCCGGAGACCUCAAAGGCGCCGGGGUGAAAUUCGCCGCCACGACCGGCGGCCUGAGAUGCAUCGAAUUCGACGAAUCCGACGCCGUUCUGACCCUCCCUGCAUUCUCCUGGAAACCCAGCAGCGAGAUCGUGAUCCGAAACCUGGUGGCGUACGAGUCCCUGGCCAAACCGGACUCCGCGAUCCUGACCCGGUACACGGAGAUGAUGCACGCCAUGGUCCAGGACAAGAAGGACGCGAAGCUGCUGAGAGAAGACGGGAUCGUGGAGGGGAACAACGCCGCCGCCGGCGACGAGGCGAUGGUUGCUCUGUUCGGCGGGAUGGGCAGGUCGCCAGAUCCGAUGAGCAGGACGGUCCUGGACAAGCCGAUUCUGGAGGUGAAUUCGUACUACAACAGGAAAUCGAAGGUCGUGGCGUCCAAGGUUUUCAAAUUGGGUGUGAAGGCCCUGCUGAGGGUGCUGAUGGUUGUCGCCGCCAUUGCUCUGCUUGUGAUGUUUUCAAUUCAGUCGUACUGUAGCAUCUAUGUGUGCGCCGGGACGACGGGUGGCGGGUUGUUCGGAAUUGGGACCCUGGAAUCGCCGGUGGGACGGCAGAUUGGUGGCGGCGGUGGGAUGUCCUCUUUGUUGUCAUCUGUUUAG